CCCAUGCCCCCCCCCCAUAAUCUCCACUGUAAGCCCCCCAUAAAUCUCAUGGUGUUUUGACAGACACCCCAAUAUCCUGCAAAGCCGAGCUCUGAAGUGCUCCUGGACUCUGUUUGCCAGACACUGGGAAUGGGCGUUGGGGUGUGUCACUUGGGGAUUCCCUGUUUGGGUCAUUCCCUCUGGAAGACUCCAAUCAUCUGAAGAAGUGGGCUGUGCCCAGGAAAGCUCAUGAUACCAUCUUCAUGUUUUGUUAGUCUAUAAAGUGCUACCAGACCAUUUGUUUUUUAGAUAGUUAUAAAUACUCAGCUAUUACUUUCUCUGUCAACAUCAGACACAAUGAAUUCUGCACAAGCCUCACUCUCACUCCUUGUACACACAGUUCUGGGAGAUGAUCAGCACAGCCUGGUGGAUUCUGGGGAACAAGUGAAGCCCCAGGGACCCUCAACACCAGCACAGGGACGGAUGCCAGGGCCAGAGCCCUAGUGGGACAUUUCUCACCAAAGCCUCCAGGGCUGGGAUGUCUCUGGCUGGCUCUUUCCAAUCCAGCAAACAGCCUGUGUUAGCUGCAGGGAGGAGAACAGCUGGUUGUUGCUGAAGGCAAGGCAGAGCCUGAGCUCAGGAAAUCAAAACUAAUUCUGUUCCCCAGGCCAGGGGAGCCAUGGCUGCAGCAAGCCCCAUGGAAAGUCUCCGGAAGGAAGCAACGUGUCCCCUCUGUCUGGAGUAUUUCACGGACCCGGUGAUCACAGCCUGCGGGCACAAUUUCUGCCGCGCCUGCCUCAGCCGGUGCUGGGAAGGACCUGGCCCAGCUGCCUCCUGCCCGCAGUGCAGGGACCCUGUGCAGCAGGAUGUCCUCCCGCACAACAGGCAGCUGGCAAACAUGGUAGAAUUAGUCAAACAGCUGAGCCUGCCAGCAGCGCAGGAGCCAGGCGAGGGCGAGGUGUGCGGGACGCACCAGGAGGCGCUGAAGCUGUUCUGUGAGGAGGAUCAAGCCCCCAUCUGUGUGGUCUGCAGAGAGUCCCGGGCGCACCGCACGCACAUGGUGGUUCCUUUAGAGGAGGCUGCCCAGGAGUACAAGGAAAAAUGCAAGGCCCAUUUGAAGACUCUGAGGGAAGAGAGAGAAAAGCUGCUGAGAUGGAAAGCGACAGGCGAGGGGAGAAGCAAGGAGUAUCUGGUAGGUGCCUCUGGCUAUCAGUGGUGUAGCAAGCAUGGAGGCAGGGGGAUGGGAGGGCAGUUGCCCCGGGUGCCAUUCUAG